AUGGGCUGCUGUGGCUGCUCUGGAGGCUGUGGGGGCUGCGGCUCCAGCUGUGGGGGCUGCGGGGGCUGCGGGGGCUGUGGAGGCUGUGGGAGCUGCAGCUCCAGCUGCUGUGUGCCCGUUUGCUGCUGCAAGCUGGUGUGCUACUGUGUGCCAGCCGGUUUCUGCUCCAGCUGUGACACCUGGGGGGGCAGCAAGGGGGGCUAUGGCACCUGUGGCUGCUCCCAGUCCAGCUGCUCCAAACCUUGCUGCUGCUGUUCAGGCUGCGGGCAAUCCUGCUGCCAGGCCAGCUGCUGUGUCCCUGUUUGCUGCCAGUGCAAGAUCUGA